GGAUUACAACUUUACUGUUGUAGAUAGUUUUUUAGUAUAUUACAACAAAGUUUGACCCAAAUUUUAAAAAGGCACAGGUAUGUUAUGUUUUGUGGGAGGUGGGAGGUUGUCAUUUUGAAAUGUUUGAAUGUUGUGGUUUGGAAUACAAAUGUUUGUUCACAUUAUUUUGAACACUUUUUAACAUGCUUUGUCACAUUUAUACCGUACAGGUAACAGUGAGAGCCAUUUAAAACCAUCUAUUCUCUAAAAAGUCUCUGUACUCUGUACAGAGCCGGCAACUUAAGCAGCAGGAGGGAGCUUAAACAAAGAUUCGCUGUGUGCCUCUUUUUCCAACAACUGAGGAUGGUGGUGUUUUCUUUUUACAGCUUCGUGGGAAUAUUUGACACUGUAAUUUUGUCAUGGGAAACCUUGUAACAUGUUAUGAAUUUUUCCUUUAUUUUAUCUUCUGUAAAUGUUUAUUUUUAAAGCUAACUGGUGAAAGUGGUCAUUCAAUACUUUGUGAAAAUUCAAAUGCCUUAUUUCUUAUGUCAAUAACCAGGGGUGCACAUAAAUUUGCUAAGAAGCAAAGAUGCAUUUUUAUGAAUGGUGUAAAGAUUAACCUGUUAUAGGAGUGAAGAAAAUGCCACGUUCACUACACUAUGCAAAACAUUUGACAUUUAAUACAGCUUGUGACCUCAUCAUGGUCUGGAGUGGUUUAGUAUCUUGACUGCACUUGUGUCCUGUUUCCACAUUGGAAGAUCUCACUGCCUGAAAUCUUUUGUAUUCACUUUCAGCAAAACAUGCAGAAGCAUCCAAACUAUGAAAUUACUGGCGCUUUACUCACAAUCCUGGGUUAUUCACUCUAAUGUUGGCAGCAGCUAAUGCUUCUUCCCAGCACGUCCUUUUGUUAAAGUAAAUCUCAAAGCAAUUAAUUUAGUCAUCUGAUACCCUUUUUAUACCAAAAAUUAAAUGGCUGGUACUUGAAAUAAAAAUGCCAAAUCUUAUUUGGAGUGAUGCAGAAUAAACGUUACAGGUGAUUGUAUAGACUAGAGUCCUGUUUUUAAACCAGUUUUAAAUCACUUGCAUGCGUAUCAGUGUAUGUACAGUAUGUCUUUUGAGUAUGAAUCUAAAUUUGCUGGGUUUCAUUGGGGAAACAAUGUGCACCCCUGUGUAACUGACUUAACUGUAACUCCUGUCAGAAUGUAAUGUUACCAUAACAUUGACGUUUGUAGACAUGUUUGAUACAAUUGUAUAGAUCAAUGCAUCUGAAGCCUGCUUGUUUGUAAAUGUUUGGAUUUUGUCAUUUUUCAAAGCAGUGACAAAGUUGGUAAUGUAGCAUUGAACAACUGUCACUAAGGUCAUGGUCAUUUAGCAAAGAAAUGCUACAUGGUUAAAUGGUGUUUAGUGCUGUUGGGUUAGUUAAAUGUUUUCAUUACACCCUCAACCAAGCCACUUUGUUCGAGACGUGGAAGUGGCUGUAAAGGGAAAAGGCCUUCAUAUCUCCAUUUAUUCCCCCAUAGCAGCGCUGGAGACAGAGGUGGCUUCAAUAAGCCCGGUGGACCCAUGAGCAGCGAAAACGACAGAGAUAUGGGACGGCCUGAGGAGCAGGAUGACUCCGAGAACAGUACUAUUUACAUCACAGGCUUGACUGAAAAAGCCACCCUGGAGGAGAUGGCUGAGUUCUUUAAACAUGUUGGAACAAUCAGGAUGAACCGCAGGCUUGGCCAGCCUGCCAUUAACAUUUACACAGAUAAAGAAUCUGGGAAGCCCAAAGGAGAUGCCACUCUGUCCUAUGAGGAGCCAGCAUGUGCUAAAGCAGCUGUGGAGCAUUUUGAUGGGAAAGAGUUUCAGGGCCGGAGGCUCAAGGUGUCCAUGGCACGCCGCAAGCCCAUGAUGGGUGGGAUGAGAGGUGGCAUGCCCAUGAGGGAUGGUAUGAUGGGCCGUGGAGGUAUGAUGGGGCGUGGAGGUGACCGUGGUGGUUUUGGCCCACGUGGAGGUCCACGUGGAAUGAACAGAGGUGGCCCUACAGGAGCAAAUAUGCAGCAGAGAGCUGGUGAUUGGGAGUGUCCUAAUCCGGGUUGUGGCAACCAGAACUUUGCCUGGAGGAUGGAGUGCAACCAGUGCAAAGCUCCCAGACCAGAAGGCAUGGGUGGUGGCCCUCCAUUCCCUCCUGGAGGUGGUGAGCGAGGCAGAGGUGGAAUGGGAAUGCGUGGAGGUCGGGGUAUGGACCGUGGUGGGCCAGGAGGUUCCGGAGGGCCAGGUGGUUUCCAUGGUGGCUGGGGUGGUGAACGUGGUGGAUUCAGAGGACGUGGUGGAAUGGACAGAGGAGGGUUCCGUGGGGCUGGGCGUGGAGGACCACCUAUGGACCGUAUGAGAGGUGGAAGAGGAAUGGGCCCACCUGGUGGAAAGAUUGAUAUGAGGGACCAUCGCUUGGACCGCAGAGAGAGACCUUACUGAAUACUUCACUAUUGUUCCUCUAUUGGAAUCUUAACUUUUAAGAUGGGCUUUUAAUUUAUGAUUCCAUUUUGUGGCUAUAGAACGUCUUUCAAAAUACUCUGCAGUUUUGAGUUUUAGUUUGUAUUUUUUUUUUGUAUACAGUUGUGCUACAUCUUGUGUUGUGCAUGUUUGUUUUUGAAAUAAUACAGGUUAGUUUUGACAAUAUAAAAUGCCAGAUUAUUCAUUCCUGACUGUAAUUGCUUCCCCCUUUCCCAUAAUUGACAACUCUCUGAAAUUUGGGAAAUAAAGUUUUACUUAUUUGAUACUUUUGUUGA